UUAUGGAAGUUACUAAAUUAGAAGAGAAUUUAAGUGUCAAACAGUUGCAACAAGUGCAACUUUUGAAAGGCUAUGAAAAGCUUGAAAACUUAAAAGUGACCUUUUUGAAGCUUCAAGAAGAUGAACAAAAUUUGAAAAGUUUAAAUGACGUGCUUAUGGAGAAACAAAGAAACUUACAGACGCUUUUGGAGAAAACGCUGGCCGAUGAAAUAAACGUAGAAUGUAUUUUGGAUAAUAAACUAGGAAAAGUAAAUCAAAGAACAGAUCAACAAGGAAAUCUCGAUAUUCUCUGUAAGAUGGGUUAUUGUAUAAUGGAAAGUAUGGAAAAUGAUUUUAAUUACGUAAAAAUAAGUUGCAAGCACUUUUAUGUUCUUUUUGUGAAAGAUCAAAGUAAAUACGAAGUACGAGAAAUCUAUCCUGGUCAUCCAAAUUUUCGAAAUAUACAACAGUUUCUAUCCGACACCCAAGAUUUGAAAGGAAUGCUAAGCUAUUUAAGAGAAUAUUUUUUAGAUAACGAUUUAGUAAAUCGGUCACAAAGCGAUCGCAUCGCGAACAAUACCAUCUGAUACUUGUGCACGGCCGAAUCGGCAGAGCAUCUCAUUUUUGGUUGCAGAAAAUUUGAUCUCAUUAGACAGCCUUUCAAAACAUUCAGCAUAUAUAAGAAUCUUUAUGAAAUUUUUCGUGCUAGGAACAAUACUCAUCCCAAGAGGCUGGAUGUGCCUUUUAAACCAAUUUCAAUCUAUUUUCAAUAUAUUACUAAUUAUUUGUACUCUGUUUUUCCGUUAUUCCCCCAGUGUGUAAUUAAACAUUCUAAAUCAGUGAAAGCUUGUAAUCAAUCGUCUGGAAUGGAUAGUACUCAACUGAAAACCGCUACACCCCUGUCUCUUAAUCAAAGAGAACGCUAUCAUCAAUUCUUUCCAAACAUCAUCUAAAUAACGCAGAGGAUUAUCAAUUAGCAAAAACUUAUCAUGCUGCAGGAUGUGUUGCUCAUAUAGUCAACAUGC